AUGCCGCGUGGAAGUCGGAGCCGCACUUCCCGGGUGGCCCCUCCGGCCAGCCGGGCACCUCAGAUGAGAGCUGCCCCCAGGCCAGCCCCAGCUGCUCACCCACCAGCAGCGGCCCCACCAUCAGCAGUGGGCUCACCCGCUGCUGCCCCCAGGCAGCCAGGUCUGAUGGCCCAGAUGGCAACCACAGCGGCUGGUGUGGCCGUAGGCUCUGCUGUCGGGCACACGCUGGGCCAUGCCAUCACCGGAGGCUUCAGUGGAGGAAGUCAAGCUGAGCCUGCAGCAAGGCCUGACAUCACUUACCAGGAACCUCAGGGCGCCCAGCCAGCAUACCAGCAGCAGCAGCAGCAGUUUGGCCCUUGCCACUAUGAGAUGAAACAAUUUUUGGAGUGUGCCCAGAACCAGGGUGACCUCAAGCUCUGUGAGGGGUUCAGUGAGGUGCUGAAGCAAUGCCGAUUUGCAAAUGGUUGCCAUGAGUGGCAGUCAGCUCCACAGCAACUGGUACUUACAGUUUGGGGGCCACCAGAGCUGCUGUGCCAGCUCACCUGUGGCAGUGGUCAUGCACUGAGCUGUCACCGUGUUCCCAAUGAGGUUUCAGCAUACAUGGAUGUCACCCCUAGAGAAGUGAAGAUGUUCCUAGCAAGGCUUGGAGGCCAAGCCACCCGGGGAGGCUCACCUGCUGAUCGCCCAGCCGCUUCCCCUGCCAAGCUUUGCCCUGCCUCCCAGGAUUGCGGCGGAGAUUUAUUUUUGGCACGUUGGGCUCCGGUCAAGUUGCAAAGCCUGAAGAAGAACAGCAAGAUCUUGUAG